AUGGCGGGGGAGGGCCGGACGCUGGCCGCGGCCGGCUCCGAGAAGAAGGCCCGCGUCUACCGCCUCCGCGAGGAGCCGGGGCGCUUCGAGCUCCUGCAGACGCUCGACGACGCCAGGUCCGCGGAGACGGGGCGCUUCGAGCUCCUGCAGACGCUCCACGACGCCAGGGGCUCGCUCUUGUCCGCGGCGAUGGCGGGGGAGGGCCGGGCGCUGGCCGCGGCCAGCGUCCACGGGGAGGUCUUCGUCUACCGCCUCCGCGAGGAAACGGGGCGCUUCGAGCUCCUGCAGACGCUCGACGACGCCGGGGGCGCGCUCCGGUCCGCGGCGAUCGCGGGGGAGGGCCGGGCGCUGGCCGCGGCCGGCGACGACAAGAAGGUCCGCGUCCACCGCCUCCGCGAGGAGACGGGGCGCUUCGAGCUCCUGCAGACGCUCGACGACGCCAGGUGCGCGCUCUGGUCCGUGACGAUGGCGGGGGAGGGCCGGGCGCUGGCCGCGGCCGGCUCCGAGAAGAAGCUCCGCGUCUACCGCCUCCGCGAGGAGACGGGGCGCUUCGAGCUCCUGCAGACGCUCGACGACGCCAGGGGCUUUGCUCAAGUCCGCGGCGAUGGCGGGGGAGGGCCGGGCGCUGGCCUGCGCGGCGGGGCCUGGCUCAAGAUGGCAACGGUGAUUCCGGCGACCGCGGCGAACUCCCCCCGCCGCACCGACGUUGCUGUUACAUUGGAGUCGGCUUCUGCUGGGGCACUAGCGGAGAACGGUAUUCGAAUGUUGCGUUUUCGAACCUCACCUCUGACAGGGAGAGCAAUCGCCGUCCUUCUCAUCUCUGGCAAGGGCGCUAGGAUCGACAACGUGAACGCUACCUGCGAAGUGGAAUUGCAGAUGCUCGUUUAUUUCGAAGACUCGCAAUUUGGCGCUGCGAUCGUCGCCCCUUGGUGGACCGGCCAGGUGCAGCUGACUCCCAACCCGCUAGACGUGUGCGACGCAGUCCUCGCCGACGGUUUCGACAUGUGCCUUUUGGUCCCUGAGAAAGCGCGGCCGCUUCGAUGGUCCAAGCUCCUUGGUCCCUACCAUGCCAUUUCUCUUAGCUUGGAGAGGCUGUCAUCUGGUAUGAAGCGCGUGGCUCGAGAUGGGGAAGCCCACGAUCUCUUUGAAUUCGCAGUUUGGUACGACUCGGUCUAUCUAGCAACCGGGCGCUGGCGGGAGGCGCCGCCUUUGGCCGAGGUCCAGGACGAGCGCGAGAUCGCCCUGAAAGGGACGCUGACGAGGUCGGCGCUGAGGAUGCCGGAAAGGAUGCCGACGAGGUUACCUCGCGAGCGAUGGGAGGCCCUGCCUCUGGCGGGAGAGCGAUUGAGGGCCCAGCUGUUCAGUAAGUGA